AUGUGGUGGAGGAAGAAGGAGACCGAGCAGCUACCGACGCACUACGACCGUCUCACGGAGUGUGACGGAGAGUGCGAGGAUGUGGCGGAGCGGAUACCGAAAGGGUACGUCCCGAUGCUGGUCGAGGACGAGGCGCGCGGGGAGGUGGAGAGAGUUUUGGUGCAUGUUAAACUCCUCAAUGAGCCGUUCAUGGUGGAGCUCCUCGAGUGGGCCGCGGAGCGGUUCGGGUACCGGCAAGAGGGAGUGCUCAGAGUGCCCUGCGACGCACACAAUUUCCGGCGCAUGGUAAUCGGAAUUGACUUGUUGUCGCAAUCAUUGCUUCCUGCAAUUGUGGAGCUGGCAGAGGACAGACACUGGAGGGUUCGUCUGGCCAUAAUUGAGUACAUUCCUCUUUUGGCUAGUCAGUUAGGCGUUGGAUUUUUUGAUGAUAAACUGGGUGCUCUUUGCAUGCAAUGGUUGGAAGAUAAGGUUUUCUCAAUUAGAGAUGCAGCUGCUAAUAACUUGAAGCGACUUGCUGAAGAAUUUGGACCAGAAUGGGCAAUGCAGCAUAUAGUUCCGCAGGUGCUGGAGAAGAUCAACAAUUCACAUUAUUUGUACCGUAUGACCAUUCUACAUGCAAUUUCCUUACUAGCCCCCGUCAUGGGUGCGGAUAUCACGUGCCAAAAGUUACUUCCUGUUGUCAUCGCUUCCUCCAAGGACAGGGUACCCAACAUCAAAUUCAAUGUGGCAAAGGUUCUGCAGUCUCUCAUACCCAUACUUGAUCAUACUGUGGUGGACAACACGAUUAAGCCGUGUCUCCUCGAGCUCAACGAGGACCCGGAUGUGGAUGUUAGAUUCUUCGCUGGCCAAGCACUUCAAGCGUGCGAUCAAGUCAUGAUGUCGACCUAGAUCGCUUGGUCGGGGCGUUUCGGUUCGUCUUAUUUUCUCUCGCGUCUUCUAUGUAAGCCAUGUUGUAUGUUUUCACUGAUGAAGUUUGAGCUUCAAGCUUCUUAAAUUUGAAUGGUUUAAUUUUAAGAGAUGCUAAUAUAUAGGUUUUUUUUUUUUUCCUUUUUGACUACCUUCUUUAUAUCUACUAUAAAUGAAGGUGCAACCAUUUUAUGUAGGCUUUUUUUUGUCAUUUAAUUUAUUCUGGUGCUUGCAGGGUUCUAUUU